CCAAAGCCCACUGGAACCGCCGGCAAACGAAGCGCCGGGAGAAACGCUUUACGCCUAGAGAGCAAGUCCCGUCUCCAGGAAGGGAGCAUAGAGGGAAGGAAGCUCUCUGCUCCUGCCAUCCCGUCGACCUCCAGGGCGAGGCAGAGGGUGAGGCUUCCCCUCCUUUGCAGCCCCGGAUCCAACCUGCCUUCCCCUCCCCGAUCUCCAUCCUGCGUCAGUCUCUGCAUCUGACGGAGGCGGCUGCACUCACGAAGCUCUCCUUUUGCAAGGAAAGGUGUCGGCUGGAAAAGGAGCUACCAGGCGCCUUCCGACGUUGAGCCCCCGAUCCGUCCGUCCUGCGCUGGACCCAGAGACCAAGGAGAGCCCCACCUUUCAGCGGAGCCUCCCCGACUUCCAUGCAGGGCGGAGGACCCGGACAGGAGAAAGCGGCAGAUGAAGAGGGGCGACGCCGAGAUCAUCGAUCCUUCCCUGCCCUUUGCAAGCAUCGCCGUCCCAGCCUCCGCUUCCACCGCCCGCCUUUCAGCGAACUCCGCCCCCUUGCGAAAAAGCAGAGACGUAGACAUUCCGGGAAGCCGGAAAAGGAAGGGAAAGCCCGAGUGAGCGGUGACUCAUUUCUGCCGUCCUGCAAACCGGAGAAGGGGUUUCGGAGGGACUGGGGGACAUUUCGGACCGUCUCGGACCUCUUUUGGCUGCCCUCGAGCAGGAGACCUGAUGGAGGCCCAGGGAUCCCCAGGGAUGGAGGCCGCCCUCAGCCCAGAGAUCCACCGCCGGCGCUUCCGCGGUCUCCACGGCUGCCGCCAGGAGGCCGAGGGGCCCCGGGAGCUUUGCAGCCGCCUGCACCGCCUGUGCCGCCAGUGGCUGCGGCCGGAGAGGAGCAGCAAAGGGGAGAUGCUGGACCUGGUGGUGCUGGAGCAGCUGCUGGCCCUGCUGCCCGCGGAGAUGGCGAGCUGGGUGAAGGAGUGCGGAGCCGAGAGCUGUUCGCAGGCGGUGGCCCUGGCCGAAGGCUUCCUCCUCAGCCAAGCCCAGCGGGAAGAGCCGGGAAAGGGGCAGGAGCCGUUCACAGAGGAGAUUUCAGCAGAGCUCCGGGGCAGAGGAGAUCGAUCCAGCUCUAUUCAGGAGCUGUUUUUCAGGAAGACCCAAGUCUGGCCACCUUGCCAGAGCUCUGAUCCCUUUAAGGGGGUGAUUAUGGACUUCACAGAUGAGGAAUGGAAGCUGCUAGAUUCUGGCCAGAAGGCCUUGUGCAGAGAAGUCGUGCAGGAGUUUUCUAGGAAUAUGGCUGCUCUGGGUAAGAUCAGGAUGUUCAUAUUUCUAAAGGGCGCUGGCAGAAGUAUUCACCAUAGAGUUAAGAAAUGUCCUAGAUAAUCCAUGGAAGUGAUUGAAUAGAUUGACUGAUCAACACCAAAGCUUUAACCUGUUUUUUAGCUGAAAACAUUCUUUCUAUACAAUCAAGAGACUCCUGGAUAACAAUUUGUAGAUAUCACAUCCUGGCUGGACAAGUAGAUUCUACCAAACCAGGAACACAGAUGACAUGUUGUGGGGUGGGGGAAGACACCUCUCCUUCAGCCUUCUAAAUUCUAAUCAGAAUAUUCUCUUUUUUUCCAUGCAGAUGAUGUUCCUAUGAAUGAGAAUGGCAAGCAGGCAAGGUUAAAUCUACUUCAAAUAGAGAAGAAUGAAUUAAAAGUACUAACCCUUGGGCAUCAGAGAGACACCAAAAGGCUAAAGAGAAAACAGCCAGAAGAUGGAGGGGAG